CAAUUAUCUGCAUCAGCAAAUCUCCCCUCGCAAAGUUUCAGACUUUUUCUCUUUCCUUCCGAAAACCAAUAAUUCAUAAAAGCAAGCUGCCUUGGGACGAGCAAAAGCCCACCUUAGCUCUCCGCUGACAUCACUAUUUCCAUCGUCUCCUUUGGAGGAUGGAGGACAAAGAGAAGAACCCAGCAGGGCUUGCUCAACCCACAAUUGAGGGUCAGCAAGAUGCUGGGGCUGAGCCUGCUAAGCAAAGUUCUACACCGUCGGUGUUUGUGAAUUCCGAACCAAUGAGGGAGGAACAAGUGCAAAAUGCUGUGAAAUUCCUUUCGCACCCGAAAGUUAGGGGCUCUCCUGUUGUUUACAGACGGUCUUUUCUCGAGAAGAAGGGUCUCACAAAAGAAGAGAUUGAUGAAGCGUUUCGGCGUGUGCCUGACCCACCUUCAGGUACGCAGGCAACUACUGGAAAUCAAGCAGAUGGACAGGUGAAGACAUCGUCAAAUGUUCAGGCACAAAAUACAACUCAAGCUUUACAGCCUGCACCCACUGCUCCCACUAAAGUCAUUUCCCCUGUGGGUGCAUUAUCUGGGUAUAGAUUUCGCUGGUUUGAUGCCGUUUUUGCCAUAGGAUUCCUAACACUCUCCGGUUGUGGAACAGCUGUAUUAAUUAAGAAAUCUCUUAUUCCUAGAUUGAAGGCUUGGAUACGCAAGGUUGUAUUGGAAGAUGAGAAUGACAUUGAAAACAAAGUUGAUAUGAAACCAAGUUCAGCAGAAGAAGCUGCGGCAGCUGCUAAAACAGCCGCAGCUGCAGCAUCAGAUGUGGCAAAAGUAAUCCAGGAAAUGCUGAAUUCUAAGACCGAAGAGAGGAAACACUUCGUGGAACUCAUGAGUUUGUUAGAUGUGCAAGUGCAAGAAAUGAAGUCAAUGAGCAAUUCCAUACGGAAAUUGGAAGGAGAAACAAAAGCCUCAAGAACCUCUCUUGUCGAUCAUGAAGACAAUCGCAUCGCUAUCACAAAUUCAAAGCAACAAUAUGUGAAUGGCAAGGCAGAGUAUGACGUGCACUCAGUGCAAUCUUCCUCUGCUGCUGCAUCUAUAGAACCAUCUGCUGCACCUCACCCAAAGUCUUACAUGGACAUCAUGGCCAUGGUACAAAGAGGGGAGAAACCUCCUAAUGUCAAAGACAUUGAUGAUUCACCGCCGAACCCUAAUCAGCAACUAUCAAAUCCUCGCUUGGCACCUAGAGCUAAGCCUUGGGAAGUUGGUCAGGUCCAAAACAACUCGAGCCAAGUACUUCAGUCUCAAGUAAGCAGUGAAGGUUUGAAUUCCAGCAUUCAUGACAAUGGGCUCAAUUAUCUGUCAAACGGUGACAGUACAGUGUCGCGGUGGCAGCAGCAGCAGCGGAAAAAUCCCAGAAUUACUGAGAUAGAAAAUGAAGUCAAUGGAGGGUCUUAUGGCGUACGAACUAGAGAUCAACCAGUUCAGCCAGUUCAGCGUACAUGGGUUCCUCCCCAGCCACCCCCAGUUGCAAUGGCAGCAGCAGCUGAAGCCAUCCGACGGCCAAAACCACCAGUGCAGAAAGAACAGCUGGGUAACGAUCUGCCCUUUGCGCAUCCAUCAGAAGUGACCGAUGGCCCAUCACAAGGGACCGAUGAGUUGCAGAGGAUAACAAAGAUAGCUGAAUCUGGAGGUGCACCGGAGCAAAUCAAUGGAAGCUCACCGCUGGGCUCAACAACUGAGAUACAAGAAGAGGAAGUGAGCUACUAGUAGUCUUGAGCUCAUCUCAUUGAAUACCUUAAUCUCAGAUUUCUUCACCUUGGGACACCUACCUGAAAAUCAUUCAAAAGUUGAACUCAGAGUUACAGAAGUAAAAUAUGCAUGGAUGAGUUGAGAUAGUAGAAGAAGAUGUUGACAACUUGACAUAUAAAAUAAGUUGCCCAAAGGCUGAAUCCUAAAGUGCUUUUCCAAAAGCUAUUUUAGGCUAUGGUGGUCUGAUAAAUUUGUUUAUUGAAUUUUCUCUUGAUGCUUCUUGGGCUUUUUAUGGUGGUUGUUAUCAACUUAUUAUAUAAAAAAUAGCCGAACGCUGAAUCAGUUCGCAGUCUUAAUGUUA